CCCCAUUCCGCUUCCGAGCCCCGCUCCCAUUGCACGGAGACACUACAUUACCCAGAAUGCUCAGUGCUUUCAUACGUCAACCGCAAUCACGGUUGUCUGUCCAACAUGGCGUCGCUGGGAAGGAGGCGCGGUGUCCCAGUGAGCAGGGAGAGGGGAGUGAUGGCGGCGACCGACUGCUACAUCGUGCACGAGAUCUACAACGGGGAGAACGCACAGGACCAGUUCGAGUACGAGUUGGAGCAAGCACUGGAGGCCCAGUAUAAAUACAUUGUUAUUGAGCCCACACGUAUCGGAGACGAGACGGCCCGUUGGAUUACAGUUGGCAACUGCCUGCACAAGACGGCUGUGUUGUCAGGAACGGCUUGCCUCUUCACGCCUCUUUCCCUGCCCGUUGAAUACUCGCGCUACGUGGCGCUGCCUGCUGGCGCCCUCAGCGUGGCCUGCUCUGCCCUCUACGGGAUAUCUUGGCAGUUCGACCCCUGCUGCAAGUACCAGGUGGAAUAUGACAGCCAAAAACUCUCACGGCUGCCCCUGCAUACGCUCACCUCCUCGACGCCCGUGGUGUUGGUACGCAGGGAUGACGUCCACAGAAAGAGACUCCAUAACACGAUAGCACUGGCUGCCCUGGCGUAUUGCGCCAAGAAGAUCUAUGAACUCUAUGCUGUAUGAGUGCAAUCUGAAAGGGUUUAAGAACCAACCGAAAAAAGGAGAAAAACAAACAAAAAAACAGAACCUAUCCACCCCCAGAUGUAAGAAAAGUGGAAGUCCGGAUCAGGCCCAGCAGUUAGCUCCGCCCGUGUGGUGGGUGCUUCCAUUUUGAACUUUGAUCAGAGGGAUAUAGUUAAAACUAGAAGGAAUUGUUUUUUUCCCCAAUUACAUUUCCUUUACUUCUUUGUGACAACAGCAGUACGUUUAUCUCUGUAGUUCCCUUGCGCCUCCUCCCCUGUGCCCUCCACCUGCAUCCUUGACACACAAGUUAGUGCACAAGGGAAUGGCCGCAGUUCCUCUGGACUGAAUUGUAUUGCUGUUCAAACGGACAGAUAUGUUCUGAGUACCGAGCUUUUCCCCCCCUUUCCCUCGUAGUUUUACUGUACCCCUUUCUUGCUGAUCAGUACAUCACCCUUUCAUUAAACUUUAGGAUAUUUCAAACUCACUUUUCUGUAUUUUAUUUGACUGUUUUUAUUAAACGGAUUCGACAUCA